ACGUGUCACUUCAAGAAUCGUUUUGAAUAUAAUCAGUGACGUGUCGUGCGACGAGAGAGAGAAAACAGAAAUCACCAAGCUUUCAGAAUUUAAUGCUUGCGGUAACAGUCGGUUGUUUUUCGAGGAUAGUUGUUUCUCUCUCUCUCUCUCUAUCUUCUCAUAAGAAAUUUAAAAACUCGUUGCAUCUCUCUCUCUCUAGAUGUCGUAACACCUGCUUCGUUUGUAUUCCCGGACUUUAGAAUUUUACAGUGUCAAUGGUGAAGUGGAUAAUCUUCCAGUGACCGUUACGUCUGUUUGUAAUAUGAGAGAACGUAUCGCGGGUGAUUUCGACGAAUCAUGAAAAAAUCCAAGAGCAAACAUAAAUCGGAGCCGCGUGUUUCUUGAACCGCGACCGGAUAACGUCGACUCUUCGAGGCAGGCUGGACCAGAAUUGGUGGAUCGUGAGAAGAUCGCCGUUCCAGGAAGAUGUCCGCCGCUGGGACCACGCCGUCGAACGCGAACGGUCCGCUCGUACCUGCUCCGAUAUUCGCUUUGCCAACGUUAUCCUUUUCCGUCAGCCAAGUGGCCACGGUCUGCGAGACCCUGGAAGAGAGCGGUGACAUCGAGAGGCUGGCUAGGUUUCUAUGGAGUCUUCCGGUCGCUCAUCCCAAUAUCCAGGAACUGAAUCAAAGCGAGGCCGUCCUCAGAGCGCGUGCCAUCGUCGCAUUCCACUCGGGACAUUAUCGCGAGCUCUACGCCAUUCUGGAGAGGCACAAAUUCACCAAGGACUCCCACGGUAAGCUGCAGGCCAUGUGGUUGGAAGCGCACUACCAGGAAGCCGAGAAACUUCGCGGCCGACCGCUGGGACCCGUGGAUAAAUAUCGCGUCCGAAAGAAAUUUCCGUUGCCAAGAACGAUCUGGGACGGCGAGCAGAAGACGCACUGCUUCAAAGAGAGAACCAGGUCGCUGCUCAGAGAAUGGUAUCUCCAGGAUCCUUAUCCGAAUCCGGGAAAGAAGCGGGAGCUAGCCGCUGCGACGGGACUCACGCCGACGCAGGUUGGAAAUUGGUUCAAAAAUAGAAGGCAGAGGGAUCGCGCUGCUGCAGCGAAAAACAGGUGUGUCAUAAAUCUAAUUCUAUUCUUCCCGCUAACCGGAAAGAGCGAGCUUCUAAGAAGAAUAAUCGCCCAAACGACAAAAACCACGUUUUUCAUCGCGGUCCUGUCAAACAAUCUAUCGGAUUUGUCGAAUUUCGAAUUUUCAAACUCAUUUCGCGAUAUCAUUUUUCGGCAAAAUAACAGAAAUGACAGAUUCUAA